GGCUGUCGCGGGAGGAGGUGGCCCGCACGGGCCCGAGGCGGGCCCAGCAGAGGGCGAGUUUGAAAGCGCUCGGGCGGGCGCGGGAAGCGCGGGUCGAGCGCGCAGAUUUCGGCGCGGGAGGUGUCCUUCUCCAUCAGGACCCAGCCUUCUGCCUGAGCCUGAGCUAGGACCCCCUCCUAGGGAGCACCCAGGUUCCUUUGACUCCAACCCUUCUGCCAAAGACGACUAUACAAAUCUGCAAGAGCCAGAGGGAGGGAGCUGCCAGCCAGGCACAGCCGAGAACACUGGAACCAUGACAACCAGUCACCAGCCUCAGGACAGGUAUAAGGCAGUAUGGCUUAUCUUCUUUGUGCUGGGCCUGGGAACAUUGCUCCCCUGGAAUUUCUUCAUGACAGCAACUCUGUAUUUCACAAACCGCCUGGACCUGUCCCAAAAUACAUCCUCAGUCACUGACAGAUGGAGCGAGGACACGGAGGCCUCACCUGCCCCCACAGUGCCCUUGCCAGAGCGGAGUUCGCUCAGUGCCAUCUUCAACAAUGUCAUGACCUUGUGUGCCAUGUUGCCCCUGCUGCUCUUCACCUGCCUCAACUCUUUUCUGCAUCAGAGGAUCCCUCAGUCUGUUCGGGUCCUGGGCAGCCUGGUGGCUAUCCUGCUGGUGUUCCUGAUCACUGCCAUCUUGGUGAAGGUGGAGAUGAGUGCUCUGUCCUUCUUCAUCGUCACCAUGGUCAAGAUUGUGCUCAUUAAUUCAUUUGGUGCCAUUUUGCAAGCCAGCCUCUUUGGUCUGGCUGGUGUGCUGCCGGCCAACUACACCGCCCCCAUCAUGAGUGGCCAAGGUCUGGCUGGCUUCUUCACCUCUGUGGCCAUGAUCUGCGCCAUCGCCAGUGGCUCCGAGCUGUCAGAAAGUGCCUUUGGGUACUUUAUCACAGCCUGUGCCGUUGUCGUUUUGGCCAUAGUGUGUUACCUGGCUCUGCCUCAGCUGGAAUUCUAUCGCUAUUACCUGCAGCUCAACCUUGAGGGGCCCUCUGAGCAGGAGACCAAGUUGGAUCUUAUAAGUAAAGGAGAGGAACCAAGAGGAGGAAGAGAGGAAUCUGGGGUACCAGCUCCCAGCUCUCCACCCAUCAGCAAAAACCACUCUAUCAAGGCCAUACUUAAGAGUAUCUCAGUCCUGGCUCUGUCUGUCUGCUUCAUCUUCACGGUCACCAUUGGGCUGUUCCCUGCUGUGACAGCUGAGGUGAAAUCCAGCAUUGCUGGCACCAGUGCCUGGAAUAGCUACUUCAUUCCUGUGGCUUGUUUCUUGAAUUUCAAUGUCUUUGACUGGCUAGGCCGGAGCCUCACAGCUGUUUGCAUGUGGCCGGAUAAGGAUAGCUGCUGGUUGCCGGUUUUGGUGGUCGCCAGGAUCGUGUUUAUUCCUCUGCUGUUGCUAUGCAACGUGAAAAAGCACUACUACCUGCCUGCGAUCUUUAAACACGAUGCCUGGUUCAUCAUCUUCAUGGCUGCCUUUGCCUUCUCCAACGGCUACCUUGCCAGCCUCUGCAUGUGCUUCGGGCCCAAGAAAGUCAAACCAGCUGAGGCGGAGACCGCAGGAAACAUCAUGUCCUUCUUUCUUUGUCUGGGCCUGGCUCUGGGAGCUGUAUUGUCCUUCUUGUUAAGGGCACUUGUGUGACAACAUGGGGACAGACGGACUGCACUGCCUGCCUGCUUCCUGCUCAUUUUCUUCCCUGCCUGGGAGGAGCAGGGGUCCAGAGGUUUGCUCUUCUAGCUAACCUUGCCUUUCUUCUGGCCUGUGCUAGGCCCAGAUGUCCAGGCCCCAGGGAGGAGCCUCCUCGGAUGGACUUGAGAUUGAGGGGUCAGAAUGUCAAGGGAGCACAGUCUCUUAUGGAGAGCUCUGACUGCCCCUGCUUAAACCAAGCACACGCAGCUCCUAGGCUGAGAGAGCUCCGUCUAUCUGCCUAUCAGGAGGAUGGGUGGAGGUGGAAGGCUGACUGGUGGGUCAUGUGAUCUGUUGAUGUUCCUUCUCCUUCCUCCUUGUCCCUGUUCCUUGUCAUUUUGCUGCCUUUUUAUACUGACAGAAACCAGGAGCCUCUGGGUCCCUGAGAUUAAAUAAACGUUUUGUUUUGUUUU